AUGUACCCUGAUAGAUUGUGUACGGAGGCAGAUAGUGAAGAUAUAUACUGGGUGGGAACUAUGUUCCAUAACCAGAUGUAUUUUCAUGCUGUCGUUUCAGCUACCGAGGCCUUUUUUUACACGCCGAGAGAAGGCAACCGUCUCCUGAAAUCCCAGCACCAUUCUCUGAUGGCACUUCAGCUUCUGCAGGAAAAAGUAUCUGAUGAGAACACAACUAACUCUGCAUCAGAUACGACUAUUAUGUCUGUUCUCUUAUUAGCCUUUGCAGCGGAGAUGGCUGGUGAUCUACCAACAGUUGACCGUCAUCUCCGGGGUCUGAAGAGGAUGAUUGAUAUGAGAGGUGGAGUCCACCUAUUACACACAGAAGUACCAGAUCUUCUUGCCAAGAUUUGUCGGAUCGAUCUCGCCCUUGCUGUGAGGACAUGGAGAGAUCCCGUGUUUUUCCACGACUCAAUCUCGUGGACCCCAUAUCUGCUGCCUAACUGCCACAGAAGUGGAGAGAGGGAUGCCGUCCAAACGAGCCUGGCUUCAUGGAUCGGCACACUGGGUUACAGGCUACGCAUAGUCUGGGAUGACCUUGUCGAGUUUUGCUCAAUGAGUAACUCGGCAUCUCAAAGAAAUCAAAAGCUUCCUCGAAAUACAUUUAGCGAGAUUCUGCUGUCCCUAGUAUACCGGUUGUUGAAUCUUUCUUUCGAGUUGGACUCCGCAGAGGAAACGAUUCGACUUGGCAUGCUGUCGUACACUUCGAUGAUGUUCCUCCAAUGGCAUAACCAGAUGGUCGAAUUUUAUCACCUACGGUGCAUGCUAGGAGCGACAUUGAAGAAUCUCGAUAAUGGGAACCCCGGAGCUUCUCUUCCGCUACAGUUAUGGCUCUUCUUCGCGUGGCAUAUGCUGCAACCUCCAGAAUGCGAGCAUCGACAACUGGAUCUCUGGUUUGAGAGGCUUCUACGUGCUGGUGGUCUGUCGGCCUGGACUGAGGUACGGCAGUUACUUCGAUCAACAGCAUGGAUUGAUCGCAUUAAUGAGGUCGAUGGGGAGAAGGUAUAUAACCGCACAAUGAUGCGGCUAUCGCAACGAUAG